UGUGCGCAUGCGCAGAAAUGUCUGUUUCCUCUGAGCGGGUCGCGAACUCUGACCUCCUGUAGCUGCGCCGAGCCGUAGGAUUACGAUUAUUUACUAAAACACCUUAGUAUUUGGAUCAUUCUACACGCUAUUAGGGUGGGCGUGUUGCUAAUGGGGCAUUAGAUCUAUAACACCCUUCGAAAUUUGGUAUCAUGGAUGGAGAAAGUCCCCGAAUUCAGCUGGUGUCUGCAGAUGGAGGCCUACAGAUUGUGACGGAUCAACAUUUGCCUCAGAAGUUGCAAAUAGUCACAGCAAUUGACCAGGCUGGAGUUGGCAAACAGCAGUUUAUAUUAACUAACCUGGAUUAUCCUAACCAGGAGAAGCUAUUCAUUAAACAGGAGAACCCUCCUGCCAAAGUCAUCUUAACCUCUGCGGAUGGAUCAGCUGUCAAUCAACUGCUUUUUGCAUCACCUGACCUGACCGGACAGCAGAUUCAGUUUGUGACAGAUGGUUCAGAGCAGGGACUCACAAAGACUGCUGUGGAGUAUUGUGUAGUUUGUGGAGACAGGGCCUCGGGUCGUCACUAUGGAGCAGUAAGCUGUGAGGGCUGUAAGGGUUUCUUCAAACGCAGCAUCAGGAAGAAUUUGGUUUACUCGUGUCGAGGGACCGGAGAGUGCGUCAUUAACAAACACCAUCGGAACCGAUGCCAGUAUUGUAGACUACAGCGCUGCAUGGCCCUCGGCAUGAGACAAGAUUCUGUUCAGUGUGAGAGGAAGCCAAUGGAAGUGUCAAGAGAAAAGCCAGCCAACUGCGCGCCCUCCAUCGAAAAGAUCUACAUCCGCAAAAACCUCUGCAGCCCUCUUGCCGCCAUGCCAACGUUUGUAAGCAACAAAGAGACCCCAAAAUCCACCAAUAUACUGGACUCUAACAUGCUCUUGAACAUCCAGCAGUCCAUUUCUAAACUUGACAAUAGCAUUUUAAUUCCUUCUUCACCAGAUCAGAAUGAUUCCAGUCAGGGUGAUCUGGGUACACUGGCCAACGUGGUCACGUCUCUCGGUCACCUCAGCAAAAGUCGUGAGAUGAUGGACAGCAGUGCAGACCUGUCAGGAAUAGAGACCAUGAGCAACGAUGACAGCGUCAUGACAGACGUUCAGCGAGAUGAGCAGAACGACGUCACACGGGCUUUCGACACGCUCGCAAAAGUGCUUCAGCCAGAGAGCUGUGGGGACGAGGAGGCUGAAGAGAUUGUUGCAGUAAGAGUUGAUGACCAAACCACCACCCUGCUGGAACUGGAAGGACCGUUACUCUCAGAUAUGCACGUGCCCUUUAAGCUCAUGAUGCCAGUGCCCAUCCCAGACUUCCUGAAUCUGAAUUACAUCUGUGAAUCAGCAUCUCGUCUGCUUUUCCUCUCGAUGCAUUGGGCACGCUCUAUUCCUGCUUUCCAGGCCCUUGGGUAUGUUGAUGUUUCCUACAUUGUUGAUGUUUCAUGUCAUGUCAAAUACAAUUUUAGGUUAUAUAUUCUCAUUUCAUUCAUUGCAUACUUGUUUUUUAGCUCAGACAACAGCAUCACACUGAUGAAGGCCUGCUGGAAUGAAUUGUUUGCUUUGGGUCUGGCUCAGUGUUCACAUAUAAUGAAUGUAGAGACAAUCCUCACAGCCAUAAUCAACCACCUACAGACCAGCCUGGAUGAAGAAAAACUUUCUCAAGAGAGGGCAAAGCAAGUCAUGGAGCACAUCUGGCGUAUGCAGGAGUUUUGUAACAGUAUGAGCCGCAUGAGUCCUGAUGCCUAUGAGUACGCAUACCUCAAAGCUGUGGUUCUUUUCAGCCCGGAUCACUCUGGAGUGGACAACACUCCUCAGAUUGAACGAUUUCAGCAGAAAGCUUACAUGGAAUUGCAGGACUAUGUAAGCAAAAUUUAUCCAGAGGAUACAUAUCGUCUGUCGAAACUGUUAGUACGUCUUCCUGCUCUUCGGUUGAUGAGCGCAGCGGUGACAGAAGAGCUAUUUUUCACCGGCCUCAUCGGGAAUGUUCAGAUCGACAGCAUCAUUCCCUACAUUCUCAAAAUGGAGUCCACGGACUACAACAGCCAAUCAGCCAGCACCACCGAGUGACUGAAGUUUCACCCACAGCCAUACAAAUCAGCUUUAACUUGACAUUGCCUCAAAAAACUGAACCAUUUAUGUCCUUUUACUUACUCGGACCCACGGGGCCAAAUCAGCAGCCUGUAUGAUAUAAUCAUAUGAACUAUUUUGAAUGCAGACAUCAUUUUGUUAGGAACUUGCCAUUUCAUUUAGUCAGUGAAUGGAUUGUGUCUAUGGGUUUUUUAAGUAUGGAUAAAGUGGAUUACAGUUACUUUUGCAGUCUAAUGGUUUUGGCUUUAAUUGUAUUAUAUACUUAUGUUUAGAAAAGUGUCUAUAAGACACAGAAGGUGCAAGGAACUUGUUCUUAAGAACUUCCAAAUGGACUUUGACCCCCCCAAGCACUGAGUUUGUAUGUAUAUGAAUCGUGUAUAUAGGAAUAAUAAAUGUCAAAUGAAAGGAAGCAAUGUCAGUAUUUUGUUAUUUGUUUGCAUGUACACCAAUUAUUUGUUAUGACAAAUUUAAUGUUAUAAACAGGGUUUCCAUGGGCAUGCAAAUAUUCAGGAAUUUACCAAAUGUGUAAAUUAAUAAAAAGUCAAAAUAUGUAUGUAUGAAUUGUUUGUUUUUUUAUUUAAAUUAUCUGUUAUUGUUUAUUUUGUUUUUAUUAAACAGGAUUCCAACCUUGA